GUGCGGUGCGCACAGUGCGGUGGUGCGGUGCGCACAGUGCGCACAGUGCGGUGCGCAGAGGCGGCAGCAGCAACAGCGCCUGAGCCACAAGGGAGGAAACAAGUGGACGAACAGAGAUGGCCGUACCAGGGCCAGUUGUGGUGUUGUCUAUGUGGAUAUUGGGGCUUGUCCAUGUGGAAACAACAGCGGACACUCUGAGCUCUCUGGAUGCUUCUUUCUGUCAUGGUGGACUUGAGGUGAUCUACCCGGAGCUGGACAUCGACGAAUGCCUCAUCAUUCCAAAGGUUCGGAAACUCCGAGAGAAAGUCAGCACGGUUUGGAAAGCCCCACAGGUUUACUUCUCCGGAGCACACAAGAGAAAGAUGUAUGUUUUGGUGAUGGUGGAUCCUGAUGCUCCACACCGCACAAAUCCAGCAUCUGCUUACUGGAGGCACUGGUUGGUUGCGGACAUACAGGGAGAUGCACUUACGAAAGGACAGCUGCAAGGAACCACCCUCACUGACUAUUAUCCACCGACCCCGCCACACAAGUCCGGUUUUCAUCGCUACCAGUUCAUGUUGUUUGAGAAGCUUCCAGAUGCACCAGUGUCCCUCACCGAACAGGAAACGUCAUCCCGCGGUAAAUGGGAUCUUCAGGCCUUCAUCACAAGGUUUGAUCUGGGAGAGCCUGUGGCCACUCUGCAGUUUCUCACCCAAAACUACAAAGACUGAAGGAUGCUCGAGCGCCUGAAGGAUGUUGUGGAGGAAGAAUCUGCCUGUACAAUAUUAUAAAACAAUGUUCCCUCACUUUCCCUGAAUUAAACAGCGUAAAUGAUCCAAA